AUGUGGCCAUCUCAAAUCGAUCGCCUCGGCCACCCGGAUCGCCUCGUGGGUUACAUUGCGGGUUGUGUGUUCGCCGCUAGUGCAGCACAAUUCUGGACCUCUUCAAGAUCGAUUCAGAUUGAAUCUGAUGCUUUGAGCUGGGUUCUACUUUUGUGUCUGUCGAGGUAUAUCCAACGACCUAGAGGCAGAGCCAGAGCAAAGGGCUUGACCUUUCCGUUUCCACAUGAAGUCAAGCCCAGAACAGGUUCUUGCUGGAUUGUCUGUGUGGCUAUAGCUGCGGCAUCUAUUAGCUCUGCUGAGAAUAAUGCACCCGGUUUCUUACAACCUGUUUUGAUACCACUAUUACUUUUCAUCGAGAGACGGCUGAAUCUCAAACACCGGCGCUCACAAUCGGGACAGUCUGAUGGAUGGACAAGUUUAGCGAUUACUGCCUGGGGUUCAGUGGUGAUUUCUUUGUUUGGGGUUUGUUCAUUGGCUGGUUGGCAGUUACCGAACUUGCUUGGUUCAGUCUUGUCUUCCAUUGAGCUCGUCGCUCUUAUCAUCAUCUAUGGGGCUUUGUUACCAAAGUCGGCAGCAGUAUCCUCUGCCACGCCCUUUGUUGAUAUGGAGGCCGAUAUUACAGCGCUUACUCCGCGGAUCACUAGCACUUUGCUAGUUGUGUUGGCCGUUCAGCGUGUGCUUCUUGGAUCUGUGCCGUUUGAUAUCGGUGCGGUACUACUUGAUGGUGCCGCGAAAGCUGUUACCUGGCUUCUUGCUAUUGAAACGGCCCGUCAAUCUUCAUGGACCGCCGUCGCGGCUAUUAAAACUUUGGCCAUUUUUGCUACACGCAGCCCAUUCAUACAAUCUUUUGCAUCACAAGCGUUGGCUACCAUCGUGGGCUCUGCUCUAAUGCUAGGACAACUCAUUGCGUUAACCUCAAAAGUACCCGACCAAAAGUUUCUGUGGCUGAUUUUGGCUAUCCCUAUUGUUUCUUACUUGGCUAAUAUACUUGCUAUCCGAACUGCGCAUUUAAGAGUGGUGACAUUCACCAAUGCGCAUGAGCAUCCCGUUGAGACCUUGAUUAAUCGAGCAAACGCCAACUUUAAUGAUUUGCUACUUGGACAAUCCCAGUCUUACGCUGCCGCUUGUGACGAAUACCGUCGUCGAUAUAAUUAUGAGCCGCCGCCUGGCUUUGAAGAGUGGUUCAACUAUGCCAAAUCUCACGACUCACAAAUCAUUGAUGACUUUGAUGUUAUUUAUGAGUCUAUUAAGCCACUGUGGAAUUAUAGCGGCAAGGAGAUCAACCAGGUGAUGAAAGAUGUGCAAAUCUACUCAGGAAAUGAACUCUGGUCAUGUAAGUUUGCUGGCCAGACAGGCCAUACAAAAUGCCUUCACAAUUGGCGCAGUUUUGACCGGCAUGUCAGUCAGUUGUUCAACCAACUCAUGAGCGACGUCAAAGGCCUGCCAGAUGUGGAGUUUCUGGUCAACCACUUGGAUGAGCCCAGAGUUGUGUUUCCCGGAAAGCAUGAACAGUCCAAUCAUAGGACUGGCGUCAAGUUGGAGAACCUUUCGCGAGCUCCGACAUGGAGCGCUCUAACACAACACUGUGACGAUACCGAGAUUCAAAGUGCCGCCGAUGCCACACCUCCAGUCAACUCAUUUGGUCUGCCAUUCGUUCAAGAUGGGGCUUCCUCCAAGGACAUUUGCAAACACCCUGAUUACGAACACAUGCACGGUUUACUAAUGAGCCCAACCUCCUUUCAAUUGAUUGAGGGCAUGAUUCCUGUGCUGUCCACUGGGUCCCUGUCCACUAUGGGCGACAUUUUGUUUCCAAGCCCAGCAUACACUGAGUCAGAGUUCAUCUACAACGACACCCAUGACCCAGACUGGUCUAAAAAACGCAACAACGUUUACUGGGCCGGUUCUACAUCUGGGGCAUAUGCUGCAGACUCGCUCUGGAAGAAUUAUCACAGACACCGGUUCGUAAACCUGAUUCAGAUGUUGGAUAAGAAACAGUUUGCAUAUCUUGCCGACAAGGGCGGUCUUGUACAACGGGUGGCGUCUUCGUUUUUGAAUAGUCGGCUAUUUGAUGUUGCUUUCACCAAGAUUUACCAAUGUGCAAAGGCAGAGUGCCAUGGGCAGUCCUUCUUCUACCACUUAAAGGCCUGGGCAGAUAAAGACGCAGCGUUUCAAUCAAGGUUAACAUUUGACCUCGACGGCAACGGUAUUAGUGGCCGAUGGUACAAGAUGGUGGCUUCUAAAUCGGCCCCAUUGAAGCAAACUAUUAUCCGUGAAUGGCAUGACGAUCGCCUCUUGCCGUGGGUACAUUUUAUCCCAGUCAGCCUCGGCAUGGAGGAGCUACCCGAGUUGGUCAUGUAUUUGACCUCAACGGAAAAGGGUCAGCAGAUGGCGAAGGAGGUUGCAGGCCGCGGCAGGAAGUGGUUUACUCAAGCCUUGAGAAACGUGGAUAUGAGUGUGUAUGUAUAUCGCCUGCUACUUGAGUUGGCGAGAUUGCAGGACCCUGAGAGAGCAGUGUCCUCGAAAUCUAGCUCAUAA